GUCUGGAGUGCUGGUGUACGGGGGCGCGCACACGGAAGGUCUCCUGUGAGGAGUAGAGCGCGCAUAGGCGCGUCCCCUGGCUUACAGUGUGCGCUCCCGGGUCAGUAUGCCAUGGGGAUCUGCUGGACGCGGUGCUGCAGCCUCCUCCGUAGGAAUAGCAGCCGGUUACAGAGAGCAGGAGGAGGAUCAAAAUACUUCAGAAACAGUUCAAGAGGAGAGCAUUUUACUAUCGAGUUUGAAAAUCUUGUAGAAAGCGAUGAGGGUGAAAGUCCAGGAAGUAGUCAGAGACCUUUAAGUGAGGAAGAAAUAUGUGAUUUAAAGGAACGUCACUACGACUCUAUUACUAAGAGACAGAAAUCCGAUGAUGUCCGGUUACAGCGUGAGUUAGCGUUACAAGAGGAGAAGUUAAAACUAGAAGAGGAGGCUUUAUACAAUGCAAAGCGUGAAGCUGCCAGGGCAGCCAAGCAGAAAAAGAUAUUGGAGCAAUAUCGGCAGCAGUGGAUAAAACAGAGAGCUCAAGCUACAAAGAAUGGUGACAGCUCUGUCCCAGAAGAUUUUGAAUCCUAUUUGCAUAGUGUAAGGUCUCAAUAUGAAGCUGUCAGAAAUAGCAGGCUAUCAUCCGAUGCAAAUCUCCUCACGCCUAAUACAGAGAGUAGUUGUGAUUUAACAACUAGAACAAAGUCAACAAGUGGGAACGAUGACAACACCUCACUGGACCUUGAGUGGGAAGAUGAAGAAGGAAUAAACCGACUAGUUCCAAUGCGGGAACGCUCAAAGACUGAAGAGGAUAUCCUCCGGGCAGCCUUAAAAUACGAUGAUAGAAUACCCGAAAGCCAACGAGCCUCUGCCUCGGAUGACUCCAAUGGCCUGGAGUGGGAGAACGAUUUUGUGAGCGCUGAGAUGGAUGAUAAUGGGAACUCUGAGUAUGCCGGGUUUGUAAACCCUGUGAGCGAACUUUCUGCAGACCUGCAGGACAGAUAGGAGCUGCUUUGGACCAAGAAUUGUUUUCAUUACCAAACAAAAAAAGCUUUCUGCUCUCCCUUCUGCGGGGUAAUGAAUGUACAUAAUUUUCAGAGCCUUUUUUAGUUAAAAAAAAAUAAAUUCAAUAAAAGAGCAACAAGAAAUGAGAAACUGGACAAAAUAAGUGCAAUUCUUAUUUUUUUUUCUUGCCACAGAAUUUUUCUCAAUUAUAAAUCGUGGGGUGGGGGGUAAUUAGAAUAUUUCACAUUGUCUCCGAUCACUAAUAAAUGAUAUGCACUAUUUGAAGACUGAGAUUUCGGCAAUUGUUUUGCACUUGUCUCCUCUGGACCAGAUUGUUUUUACUUGUUUACGCAGAUAGCACCUGUUGAAUGUAAAUGUGGUGGAAGAACAUGUUCAUGUGCUAAGCCUGGAGUUCAGCGGAACAAAGUUGUUUAACAAGAUAA